AGCACUUCUCUGUUAUAUUCCCCAACACAAAAUCAUAUAUUUCUUCCUCCUCCAGCUCACAAAAAAUCCGAGAUCGAAAUGAUGGGGAGAUCACCAUGCUGCAACGAAAAUGGUUUGAAGAAGGGGCCUUGGACUCCAGAGGAGGAUCAGAAGUUGGUGGAUUACAUUCAGAAACAUGGUCAUGGGAGUUGGAGAGCACUUCCAAAGCUUGCAGGAUUGAAGAGGUGUGGAAAGAGUUGCAGGCUUAGGUGGGCUAAUUAUCUGAAUCCUGAUAUCAAGAGGGGCAAGUUUUCUGAAGAUGAGCAACAGAUCAUCAUCAAUUUACAUGCAGUUCUUGGAAAUAAGUGGUCGGUCAUAGCUAGCCAUCUUCCAGGGAGGACAGAUAACGAGAUCAAGAACUUUUGGAACACCCAUUUCAAGAAAAAGCUUCUGCAGAUGGGUAUAGAUCCAGUCACCCACAGGCGAAGAACCCAUCAUGACCUGAUCAAUGUUCUUUCCAAUCUGCCACAAUGGCUUGCUGCUGCCGCUGCCAAUUUGGCCAAUUUGAGUACACAUCCUAAUUGGGACGACAAUUUUUUCAGGCUACAACAUUCAGAUGCCACACAAGUACUUGCAAAGAUCCAACUUCUGCAUAAUAUAUUAAUCCAAGUCCUUAUGAGCACAGCUCCUUCUUCAUAUAUAGAAACACUAAUGAAUCAUUUUGGGUGUUCCUCAAUUCCUGAUCACCACCAAUAUCUGUAUGAGUUCCUGCAAAUGAAUUCCAAUCUUGAAGCUCUUGAAAAUGGCUCAAUUAUUGGUUUGCCCCCACAAAUCACUGCUCAAAUGCAGUCCAAUCUUCCAAACUAUGAAGUUUAUCAGCAACCACAAUCCAGUGUUAAUGCUCAGCCUGUAAAUGGCUUGGAAAUUUAUAUGAGCAAUAACAGUGAUUGUGAUGAUCAUGACCUGCAACUUGCUGCAGAAUAUUAUUCUUUCCCACCUUCAAAUGAUAUUCAUCGAUAUCCUAACAGCUUGGUUUCAGCUUCACCCGAGUGUUGUUCAAUUGUCAGCCAAAUCGAAAACAAGCUUAACUCAAACGAUAUAUCUAACUGCCAGCUGCCUUCAUCCAGUACUACUUCAACCACCUUUGAACCUUUGGGAGAUAUCAUGGAGAAUGAAGCAAGCGACUCUUACUGGAAAGAUUUUAUUGAUGAGCAUGUUGUUUCUCUUUAAUUUUCAAACGCCUUUUGCUUUUGAUCGUGUUAUAUUUCAAUUAAUUAAUAUUGUAUCAGAUCGACAGUAGUACAUGCAUACUGUUCAUGAUCAACUUAAUAAUUAGUUUUGCUUGUUGGAGCUUAUUACUAAUUAAUUCUUAGCUAUGGCUUAGA